AUGCUUUUGGACGACGUGUUGCAAGAGCUGGAGCAGAACAUUGUGCUGGCCAGGGAGAUACUGUCGGUAGGUGAGCCGGAUGUGGACGGGACGGUGCGUUGCAAGGUCAAGUACGGGAAGGUCGAGGAUGCGAGCAUGCUGCGGUGCGGGUGCAUAGUAUCGGAGGCGCUGGUGGUGGCGCUGGCGGGGCUCGGGGCGGCAGUGGCGUGUCCGGUAUGCGGGCACGUGGGAUUGGAGAUCGUGGGUGCAGUGGGACCACUGCGGAGUCUUCACGAGCAGCUCGAAUUUUAUCGGCAGAGCUGGGCGGGGGAACGGCUCACGACGGCGGAGGAGGGCGGAUCUGCGAGCGUGGGACGGCAGCAGUCGCUGCUGGGGCUGUUCCACAAGGCUGCGGCGCGGGCAGCAAGCCCGCCGCACGAGGCCGGGGUCGCAGGGGGUGCUGCCGUGCAGAGGGCCGCAGCGGCGCGCGGCGAGGUGGCGGACAGCCUGGCGUGGACUUCUGUGGCCGAGGAGAGGGAGUUCUACUUCGUGAAGUGCUUCCCGAUGUACCGGCGGCGGCAGCAGUUUGCCACGCACGCGAAGUUCCUGCGCACGAAGUCGAAGCUCUUUGUGCAUACCUGUAUCUCGCCGGGCUGCGAGCGGUUUGUGCUGCUGUCCGAGACAAAGUGGGAGGUGUACGACAUCACGGCCGCGGAUAAGCCCGUGUUGAUGUGCUGCGGAAAGUCGACGGGAGAGUACGGGCCCUGCUUCAGCCGCUUGCGCGAGUCGCCUGCGCCGGAAUUGGGACAUCCGGGACUACCGGACCGCUGGAAGCACAUGUAUUGCCGCAUCUCGAAAGAGCUGCUCGUAAUCUCCGGCACAAAGGGGUACAUCCGCGUGUUUGAUCUGCUGCAGAACGGGAGGCCGAUCUACACGCACAACACUGGGUUCCCCAUUCGCUGCAUCGACCUGGAUCCAAAGGGCCACGUGAUUGCUUGUGGCAUCACUGGGCGCGACAGGGCUACCGGCUCAGACCAGGCGCUCAUAGUCUUUCAGCGGGUUUUGCACAAACCGGAGAAGAUAGAGUUUCCGCCGCAGGUAACAAUUGCCCUGCCAUACCGCGACCCGAUCAAUACGUUGCAGUUCUCUUCAGAUGGCUUGUACCUCUCUUGCACCACCGCCCUGGAGUCUCGGUUCCUGGUAAUCUCGCUGAAAAGCGUCUCGGAACCUCGGCUGGUCAUGAAAUCACUGCGUUCCAUCGACACUGCCCUUGAGUCUGAGGGCGUAACAUCCGCUAAGUUAUUCCCGGGCAACCCUAAUCUCAUGUGCGUGACGUCCGUAGCUUUUAAUUCACCGCCAAUUGUCGUAAAUACAAAGAUUGAGUCGAUUGACGGUGUCCACACGGUAGCUCAACCAACGAUGUUGCUGCGGUUGGAGGAGCUGGGCUCCAAGAUCUAUUCCUGUGAAGUAUCUCCACGCAAUGAUGCCAUUGCCUUCCUAGACCGCAAUGGUACUGUCUACCUCAUGUUCGCUCCGACCAUUAUGGGUAAUGAAACACGCCGUAUAGUUGCAGUGGACAUCGUGGCUAAUGCAUCCCGUGCGUGCGAAGCUGCAUCUAUGAAGUUCAACAGCGAUGGGCAUAAACUGUAUAUUCUUGAUCGCAAGGGCAUCUUGCAUGUUCAGGACUUUGCAUAUGGACUUCCCCACCAUCAUGAAGUAACCAAAUGCAAGCAGGUCAACUAA